ACCGGGAGUAUAAAUAUGUGACGUCAGCGCCACUCUUUCCUUUCCCUACUGAUGCUUAAGUUGGCGAACUGACGCCUUAAUCCAUUAGUGAUCCAACGAUGGCCGAGGAAGGCAUUUCUGCUGGAGGUGUAAUGGAUAUUAACACCGCUCUUCAAGAAGUGCUCAAGACCGCACUUAUCCAUGAUGGCCUUGCCCGUGGCAUCCGUGAAGCUGCCAAGGCUCUUGACAAACGCCAAGCCCAUCUGUGUGUCCUGGCUUCCAACUGUGAUGAACCAAUGUAUGUCAAGUUGGUAGAGGCCCUGUGUGCCGAGCACCAAAUCAAUCUCAUUAAGGUUGAUGACAGUAAGAAACUUGGCGAAUGGGUUGGUCUCUGCAAGAUCGACAGGGAAGGAAAGCCCCGCAAAGUUGUUGGUUGCAGUUGUGUUGUCGUGAAGGACUACGGCAAGGAGUCUCAGGCCAAGGAUGUCAUUGAAGAGUAUUUCAAAUGCAAAAAAUGAACAUCCAAAUAAAAGAUACACCAAGUUUGACA